AUGCCGCCCAAUGGAGCCCAAGCCGGCGAUGUCGUGGCAUCGUCUGCCUCGGGCACGACAUUUUUGAUUCUGAUUCAAUUGGCUUCCAGAGUCUUCACUUUUGCUUCAAAUCAACUCAUCUUGCAUUCCCUUUCGCCAAUUGUGCUAGGUAUUGCUGCCCAGCUCGAACUCUACCAGGUGUCGAUCCUGUAUUUCUCCAGAGAGAGUAUUCGUCUAGCGAUUCAGAGACAGCCUUUGGCACAGGCAUCCACAUCGAAACGGCAGGGGUUCAAGCAGCUCGAGUCUGCCUCACGAGACGGACAAUCAGAGGCAUCUCAGUCUGUUGUGAACGUGUCCUAUUUGAGUCUGCUUCUGGGAAUUCCGUCUGCAAUCGUCUUCACUUUGCUCUAUGAGCGCCUGGCACCGAAGCAAGCACACGGAAUUCCCUUCUUUAGAGAAAGUGUAAUUGUGACGGGAAUGGCUUCAUUCAUGGAGCUCAGUAUUGAGCCAUGUUUUGCAGUCAUUCAGCAGAACAUGUGGUAUGACAAACGCGCAGCCGUGGAGAUGCCUGCGGCCUUCCUCAAAAGCCUCACCACCUGUUGCGCUUUCAUUUAUGCAUCAAGAACCGGCCAAAAUGCCGGAGCUCUACCUUUUGCAUUGGGCUACAUGGCUUACUCGAUUGCUCUCAUAUUUGGCUAUUCCUUUUCUUUACUGUGGGCUGCGGAUGAAAGGCGCUUCUCUUUUCUCCCCGUGCGUAUACAAUCCAGCAAUGUAUCCGAUUAUUUUCUGGGUAGAUUUUCUCAUCGGCUCACUUCAAUCGCCGCAAGUGUUUCCCUGCAAUCACUGGUGAAACAUGUUCUGACGCAGGGUGAUUCCAUGAUGCUUGCGGCCUUAUCAAGCCUGGAAGAUCAGGGUAUUUACUCACUAGCAUCCAACUACGGGGGUCUCAUUGCCCGCAUCGUUUUUCAACCGCUGGAGGAAAGUAGCCGAAACCUGUUUUCCACCCUACUCAGCCCCGACAAGAGUGGAAAGCGAGAUAAGCAACAUGUUCGCCUUGCCAAAGACCAUGUGGUUGACCUCCUGCGUGCUUAUCAGCUGUUGGCUGUUCUGAUCUUUCCACUCGGCCCUGUCAUGGUGCCUCGGGGUCUACAGAUCCUAGGGGGUCGUCAAUGGGCCUCCUCCAAUGUCGGUGAUCUGCUAUCGUUAUAUUGCUACUACAUCCCGUUUCUUGCCUUUAACGGAAUUACUGAAGCUUUCGUGUCAUCUGCAGCCAGCCCACGGGAGAUCCGGAAGCAGACGGCUUGGAUGGGCGUUUUUUCCGUAUGUUACGCCCUAGCAGCCUUUUUAUUCCUGGAAAUUGGGUCCAUGGGUGCAUAUGGCCUUGUACUAGCCAACAUCGUGAACAUGAUUGUCCGUACUCUGUGGAGCUACAAUUUCAUCCAGUCGUAUCUACGUCGACACGGCGACGAUCUUAUUAUUGGCGACGUGAGCAUCCAACCAGCCAGUUACAUUACGGGGGCUAUCGCUACAGCGACACUGGCCUCCCCCGCACUGUCGAUAUCGAGUUUGGGUAUCAUCUCUGCGAUUUCAUUGAGUGGCGCCUAUUGUCUUCUGAUGUAA